GACGUUCCGGCGGAGGAAAACAUAGGCCGGCAGAGAGUAAACGGAAACACGUACAGAGAACAAGAAUAAUUGAUAUAAUCUGAAAAAGACGAAGAACCACAAAGAAAGAAAACAAGGGAAUGUAGAGUGAUAUAUAGUCUAAAGUCCUAUAAAGGAAGAAAGGCGAAAGGAGUAGAAGUUACCCUAUAAAAGGAGAAAGAAGAAAGCAGAAGAAGAAUUUCUGGAGGUAAGAGCAGCCACAGAAAACCAUGGCAAGUCACAUGGCAAGAGGUAUUUCCCGGACACUGGUCACAAUUGCCGCUGUCAAGACUCGGAGAGGAACUAGGUUUGCUGGAUAUCUUGGGGCGACCCUGUGCGCUUCUGGCGGAGUCCUGCUGUACGCUGCCUGCUCGCAAAAUGUCUCUGCCGCCCAGAAAGCCUCAAGCAUCGAUACUUCGCAGUUCAUGGCCGCCCCAGUAACAGAGCUCAGCGUCCUGGAGGAAAAUAAGGAAGACACGAAAGCCAAAAUGGAGUUGCUUAUCAUGAGGAUUCAGUCAGAGUUCUGCAGAGCACUUGAGGGAGAGGAGAGCAGUGGGACCAAGUUCACAGUUGAUCGCUGGCGCCGACACAACCCCAGUGAAGGAGGUGGAAUAACAUGUGUCAUACAGGAUGGCGAGACCUUUGAGAAAGCAGGCGUCAACAUAACAGUGAUGUCGGCUCCUCUGUCCAAGCAACUGCAGGCGAGCAUGAGAGCGAGAGGGAAAGAGCUACCGGAUGACAAGCAGUUCACCUUCUUCGCUGCGGGGAUCAGCUCGGUCAUCCACCCUCGCAACCCCCACGUUCCAACCAUCCACUUCAACUACCGGUACUUUGAGAUGCAAGAUGAAGACGGCAAUAACAAGCAUUGGUGGUUUGGUGGUGGCACGGACCUCACUCCAUACUUCCUGGAGGAGGAGGAUGUGCGGCAUUUCCACUCCGUCCUGAAGUCCUCCUGUGAUCGCCAUGACCCUCAGUAUUAUCCCAAGUACAAGAAAUGGUGUGAUGAUUAUUUCUUUAUCAAGUACAGGGGAGAGCGGAGGGGCGUUGGAGGUAUCUUCUUUGACGACUUGGAAGCAGAGAAGCCAGAGAAUAUAUUCAGCUUCGUCCAAGACUGUGCCGAAUCGGUAGUGCCAUCUUAUCUCCCACUCGUGAAGAAGCACAGACAAGACCCUGUGUCUGAGGCUGAGAGACGUUGGCAACUGCUCCGCCGAGGCAGAUAUGUGGAAUUUAAUCUUGUGUAUGACCGUGGUACCAAAUUUGGAUUUGCAACACCCAAUGCCCGGAUCGAGAGCAUCCUCAUGUCUCUCCCCUUACAUGCUAGAUGGGAAUACAUGCACAGCCCGGAGCCUGAUUCCAGAGAAGCGAAACUCACGGAGGUCUUGAAGAAUCCUAAGGACUGGGUUUAGGGUGUUGGCCGCUGUAUAAACCCUGAGUGAAGGCAUUAGGAUUAGGAUAUGAAAGAAGAUAUUAUGAAGUGGGUUAUGAAGAGAUGAUUCAUGUAUGUUCUCUAAUGUUCCGGUGAAAUGCAGAGAAUGAGUGUACCGGUGUAAUAAAAUUCUUUCUGUGAUGGCUGUCUGUUUGUUUUGAGAUAUUAGAAGGUGUCAUGGUAAUUUUCUUCGGAGAUUAUUUGCUUAGAAAAUGCCUGGGCAAUAGCGACUAUGAAUAGUAAUUUUAAAGUAUUUUUGUCCGGUAAUGAAGUGAGUGUAAAAUGAAGCAUCUUGAAAGUUGUAGCAGUAUUGUUGUAUUAAAGUGUAGAUAUUUGAUAAAAUUGAGGGAUGGUGCCCAUGCAUUUUACACAACUGCUCAUAAGCCUCAAUUGUUGCAUAAAAUAGCAGACUUUUUCUUUCUUUUUCUUUUCUUUUCUUUUCUUUUAAUAUAGCAAAUUAUCAAGAUAACAUAAUGGUGUCAAGAUUUUCAUAGAAAAUAAGUUUUCUCCAAAUUUUAUAUGUGUAAAGAAAAUUUAAUUCAUAUUUGUAAAGCAAAGAACAAUACUUUAUCAGUGCUUUAUACAUUAAGUUUUAGCCUGAGGAUUAAAAACAAUGCAUUUUAAAGUACUUAUAACUCUGCAACAUGUUACUUAAGCUUCUGUUGAUGUUGACUGUUUUUCAGUAUUAUAUGCACAAUUUAACAAUGCACAAUGAAGUCCUCCAACUCUGUUUGUCUGAAAUAUUAUAACUGGAGAUGUAUGUUUUUGCACAAAGUGACGUUUUAUUGUUAAAAUAAAGUAUGGUUGUGUUUUGCAUUAUUACAGUUUUCAUAUAUUUUGGGUAAUUAUUACAGUAUAUAUAUAUUUUGGGUAGAGUUUUCUUUUAAUAAUGUUUCAUAUCCAUUUGAAUUUCACUUCGAAUGAUACAAAAAAGAAGAAAAAAAAUGGAUGUUUUACAUCGUCAGAAGAGGAAUCAAGGUAGAUUAUAUGAAAUGCCCUGAAUUUUUUUUUUUUUUUUUUUUUUUUUUUUAUGCUGUGUUUCAGAUUCCUCUAUUUAUCCAAAUACACAAGUUCCUCUGUGUAGGCCACUUCCUUUAUUUAGUGUACAAGUCAUGGUGCAGUCUUGGAACAGUGUACUUUAAUCUGGAGGACAAAUUUUAUGUAAGAGUUGGAUUUUCUAUCAAAGCACUGAGUGAGAGCUAAGAAAAUUUGUGAAACUGGUUGGUUAUGAUGUCUCUAGAAUUGCCUUUAACUUAAAAAAAAUAUAUAAUGGUGCUUUCAUAUGUUAAUUGUGUCUAAAUUGAGCACAGCGGCUGUGAUUUUGAACAUUAGCCAUGACAGGGAACAGUGUAUGUGAAUAUUGAAAGAUUUAGGUGUCAUUAUGUUCAUUCAGUAAAUAAAGUGAAUAAAGAAAAUA